AUGAGGUUGAUUCUGGUUAAACCCACCAACGCAACGCGACGUCUUGACUCAACAGGUGAAGUCUUUCGUGACGGGGACCAUGAGCAUUGCACCUCAGGAGGUCCGUCACCCCCCUCAAAAAGCCCUGAGACGAUGCGUGAUCGAUACUCAGGGACCUCUGUGGAAGCAUCUUCAUCCCCACAGGAGACGCGUCCGUGCUGUGUUUCUACUGCCCCCCACGAAAGAUCCAAUGGAAUCAGUCCUCCCAGAGUUUCAGCCCAGAUGUCGCCUCUGAAAAGUGGAAACCUGACCUUAUCGCAGCUGAGUGAUCAGGACUGGCUGCUGCUUUGUGGCCAGGUUAGCAGGGUAGGUGAUGAUUCAAACUCAGCAGAGAGACCAGGCACCAGUGUGGGACAUCCAAACCACAGUGACAGAUGUGGUUGUUCCUGUCCUGAUGCACAUUCAAAGGGUUCUAGUUUUCAACCACACUCAAAACACAGUGCAGUCCAAGAUGGCCUCUCCAGAGUUUCAAACAAGAGAGGCCUUUCAUCUUCACCACACUCCAAGAUUUUCUCUCAAAGCACCCACAUUUUGACCUCAUGCCAGGUUGUCCCACACCAGACAAACCAACGGGAUCUUUUGAAACCUGCAACAAACCAUCCACAGGAUAAUUUCAUGCCUCACUGCAGUGACCAAGAAGGUCGAAAAGAGCAACAGCCUUGCAAUCAUUUUAAACUCAAAGACAGCAGCCAAACAAUCUGUCCAAAUCUGUUCAACAUUCCUCUGAACUCCAUUGAGUGUGUUAAGACAAAUCAGAAACUUCCCCGACAGCCACAGCCCGCUGUCAGUGCAGACCACAACUGGAGAGAGCUUUUUGGUAAAGAGCCACUGUUGGUUCAGCAAUGUCAAAAGCAAGACUCUCACUGCUCUGCAAGUGGUGACGAAACCUGGAAGUCAUCUGGAGAUCCCUCCAUCAUCCUCAAGUGCCAUCAUCUCCCUUACAGCCCUCUGACAAGCACUCCACAGGUGACGAGGUCAUCUACACCAGCCAGCAGUAAAAGCGUCCAAUCCUUCUCGACCAGUCAGUACAGUUCACUUGUCAACCAGGAGUUAGUGGAAGAGAGAGGAAGACAGCGGCAAAGUCAGGUACAGCAACUCAGUGGAUCGAAACCCGCCCUCCCUAAACAUCCUCUGUCCUCCGACACCACAGAAAGUAGUGACAUAGUCAAUGGAGAUGCUGUGCAUCCGCUGACCAGCCAUGACAUUGUGAGAUCCAGUUUUGCAGAUCUUCACUCAAACAAUCAGCCCCUUCAGCUUAUUCACAGUGCCAUCCUCGAGGACACCUUCUCCAAGGUCAUCAGAGAAGAUUCCAGCAAGGCCAACAGUGAGAACCUGACCAGGGAGGAAGGUAGUGUACCACAGAAGAAGAGCAAGGACAUCAGCUAUAGAUUGGGUCAGCGAAGAGCUCUGUUUGGGAAGCGCAAACAGCUGAGCGACUACGCCCUGAUCUGCGGGAUGUUUGGCAUCAUAGUCAUGGUGAUUGAGACAGAGCUAUCAAGGGGAUUUUACAGCAAGGACUCCAUAUAUUCAUAUGUUCUGAAAGGCCUGAUAAGCCUUUCUACUGCUAUUCUUCUUGGACUCAUUGUGAUGUACCAUGCAAGGGAAAUCCAGCUCUUCAUGGUGGACAAUGGGGCAGAUGAUUGGAGGAUAGCUAUGACCUUUGAGCGGAUUCUCUUUGUUGUGUUUGAGCUCCUCAUCUGCGCCAUCCAUCCGAUCCCAGGCCAGUAUGUGUUGAGCUGGACGGCUCGAUUGGCCUUCAGCUACACAGCAUCAGUAGCGGACGCUGAUGUCGAUAUCAUCCUCUCUGUGCCGAUGUUCCUGCGCCUCUACCUGAUUGGCCGGGUCAUGCUGCUCCACAGUAAGCUCUUCACAGAUGCAUCCUCCCGCAGCAUUGGGGCACUCAACAAGAUCAACUUUGACACCCGCUUUGUCAUGAAGACCCUGAUGACCAUCUGUCCCGGCACUGUCCUGCUGGUCUUCAGUGUGUCCUGUUGGAUCAUUGCAGCAUGGACUGUGCGUGUAUGUGAGAGGUAUCAUCAUGAUACCCAGGAGGUGAUGCCCAGCACCUUCCUUGGAGCAAUGUGGCUGAUCUCCAUCACCUUCCUGUCAAUCGGCUAUGGUGACAUGGUCCCUCACACCUACUGUGGAAAAGGAGUUUGCUUGUUAACUGGAAUCAUGGGAGCAGGCUGCACAGCUUUAGUGGUUGCUGUUGUUGCAAGAAAGUCAGAGCUCACCAGAGCUGAGAAGCACGUCCAUAACUUUAUGAUGGAUACACAGCUCUACAAAAAGAUAAAAAACACAGCAGCCAAUGUGUUGAGGGAGACGUGGCUCAUCUACAAAAACACCAAGUUGGUGAAGAAGAUUGAUCGUGCCAGAGUUCGCCACCAUCAGCGCAAAUUCCUGCAAGCCAUCCACGAACUGCGAAGAGUAAAAAUGGAGCAAAGGAAACUAACUGACCAGGCCAACACAGUUGCUGAUCUUGCAAAGACUCAGAACAUGAUGUAUGAUCUGGUGUCAGAGCUGCAACAUCGAAGUGAGGAGCUGGACCGGAGGAUUGUGGCUCUGGAAGAGAAACUGGACUCCAUCCUCCUCAGUGUGCAGUCAUUGCCCGUUGUGCUUUCUCAAGCAAUAACAAAGCUACAAAAAGAUUUCCUGGAUGACUUAGCCUGUCGUGUCCACUUCCUGUCAUCCUCCCUGAGCUCUGAGUGCUGUUCAGUCCCUGCAAGGCAGAUCUGUCCAGGCUCCACUACAUCAGAGACACCAUAUAGCUGAAAGGCCUCACUCAGGGCUUUUCCUCUUUCUCUGUAUAUUUCAUUCAUGUUGGGAAAGAUUUUCUCAACAUACACGCUUUUUUGUGUUGCUUUACUACACA